GGCAGUUGGUUAAUGUUUGGUUUCGCGACUCGACUAGGGGGCGAGGGCGUAAAUUGUGAGAACUCUUGACUCAAAACAUUUUGGCGAAUCACUAGCAUUAUACGAUUUUUUUGCUCCGUGAUAUGAUAAAUAUUUUCAUCCAGAAACAAGUUAUCAACAGGACUCUGGAACUCUCUCAAUGAAUACGGGGACUGUAAAUUCUUCUUGCACUGAGUACAAAUUCCUGAAAUGGAAGGUGUGACAUGAGCAAGAGAUCUAUCCAAGGAAUUAAAAGCCAAAAUUUGAAUAUUAAAGAAGGAAUUUACAGAUCAGUCAUGUUGUAGAUGUAGGAGAUUUCAAUAGAGCGAUUGAAGACUUUUUGAAUCAGACUUGUGAAGAUUACAAAAACUCAGCAUGAGCCGUUUUCUAAGGAGGAGGAGUAACACUGCCACGCCCACAGUGAGUUCUCCACCUCCAUCUGCAAGUCAUCAUUCACAAGAGAGGGCGCUAUCACCUGAGGCGGAGGCACAGCAAGUGCGCCUUGAGGUCUACUUGAACCAUUGGCAGCAGAUUCAAGCAAUAGUCAACAAGGUUUUCAACAGCCGUCGAAGUUGGUCCAAGGUCACGAAUGAUGAUGUCCAAACUGUUGUCAACUACACCAUCCAGAUGAUGCAUCUCCUGGUGGAGGAGGAAGCUCCUGCUCAGGGUACGAUCGGCCGUCUCCUGGAGAUUCUCAUUCAGGAGAAUAUCCUGGAGAAGCUCUACAUCUGGAGCGAACGUGCUGGCGACUUUCAGGAGGAUGCCAAGCGAGAACUCCUAAAGAUCUACGAGCUCAUCAUAGGCCAGUGCAAACAGUCUGUGUUGAUGCAUCCUGCAAUCCUCAAUCCGUUGCUUCGGCUUCUGUUAGCCUGUUGGGAACACUCAAGGGAGGAUACAGAGAGGCAGCUCAUUCCCUUGCUCCAGGCUCUCUGUAUAUCUCUCUCCCAGGAUCCUAAUCUCCUCGAGUUCCUCUUCCAUGCCAGUCCAAGCAAGGGGCCGGCAAAGUUUCUUCUCUUCUCUCUUCUUAUCCCUUACAUCCAUCGAGAAGGGUUAAUGGGUCAACAGGCUCGGGAUGCUCUCCUACUCUGUAUCUCUGUGUCAGCUGAAGCUAAACAUAUUGGGAAGUACAUUGCAGACAGCACCAAUCUCUGUCCGGUGUUGGCAGGUGGGCUAGGUGCCUUAUAUUCUCGUCUGCCUGGUAAGCUAGACAUCUCUCCUGAUCAUUGGCAUCGGAUCACACAUGAGGACCUUGCAAACAUGCCCGACCUAGCAAUGUUUCUCAAUUCCCUUGAGUUCUGCAAUGCAGUUGUACAGGUUGCGCACCCCCUUGUCAGUGAUCAACUAGUCCAGUUCUUCCAUGAUGGGUUCCUGGUUCCAGUUAUAGGACCAGCCCUUCACCAGCUGGACCGUGAAGCCAUAUUGCUUAGAUCCAACAAAACUCGACCAUUUUCACAUGCUGACAUCUUGCGGAAUACUUCAGAUUUGAAUCUGAAUGAGGAGAUUGUGUCUGCUACAGCUUACGUUGAGAUCUUCCUACGGUCCAUAUCCGAUCCUCGCCUCAUGAGGGCUUUUCUCAGGUAUCUGUGCCUUGGCUGGUAUGACAAUACAACCAUCAUGGAGUCCCUAAUCCGCAGGAUAGGAACGAACUCCAAGCUUUGUGUGGUGACAUUGUCUCUAUUCAACACUCUACUAGAUGUCAACUGUGAGGAUGUCAUGGUGGAACUGAUUCUAAAGUACCUGGUGCCAUGCACCCAUGUCAUGGCCAGCCAGCGAAGGGCCAUCAAGGAUCUUGAUUUCUAUGGCAAGUGGGCUGAAAAGUUCAUCUCUCUUAGUCCUGUAUGCUGCAAACCACUGAAGGACACAAGCAAAGACAAGGACGGUCACCGAGACAGCAAGACUGACCUGUUAUCUCAAACCCGUAACAUGUCUGAUAUAGCGGACACUCAGAGUAAUGGAACACUGGAUGCUGUUAGGAUGACAUCAAAGGAACAUGUCAUGAUCACUGGUUCAAAUCAGAGCCUUAACAAUGCAACCAGCAUAGAUAGCAAUACCAUGCAACAGAACGGACAUGGUAGACAGACUCCAGAACUCUCAGCAGCAAGCAAUAUAAGCAGGACAAGUGACAGCGACACGCUAUCACAAGCAAGCAGACUUUCGUCCGAGGAAUCUGUGUGUGAUAUUGAAUCUAGCCAUAUAGAAUAUUUACUCGAUGCAAGGCACGCGAUUAUAGCAUGCAGUAAGUCCUGCAAACAAUGGUCAGCGUCUUAUGACGGCCUGAACCCUGCACCAACGAUCCUGAGCCCUGAUGUGGAGACGCCAGGACCAGGUGAACGAUUUAGGUUUAAUAGCGUACCAAGUAUAGGUAACAGAUCACAGCAAACCACACCCCGUCACGAAUCUACACCCAUCCAUGAAUUAACCUCUGAUGUGAAUCAGAAUAAGAGAACGCUUGACUCAUCCAAUGAACAACCUCUAAGCCGGUCACAUGAUAGCGAUAAAUACAAUGCCCUGGAAGGCACGCUGUCUUCCACCAUUCAAGAAGUGCUGCAGAUGUCUAUAGGAGAUGAAAGUGCAAAAAAGGAAGAGGUUGAUAAUGAUGUGUCACUUGCGGAUAUUUUCCAAGGUGAGAAUCUGAGUAUAGUUGAGCUGGUGGAUAGCAUGGAUAAAUUGAAAGCCAGAGAUGCAGAUGAAUCAAAUGAGAGUCAGGAGGAAUCAAGCCAGGGAGAUAGUGAUGAUAGAAGUAGUGGUGGUAAUGCAAAACAUUUCUUGUUUCGGAAACUGGCUUUGGACCGUAGUGAUGUGAUGUCCGAAGAAAGCAGACUCUCCUCGACGUCUCAUAGCCGACAGGACUCCUUGUUUGAGUUUGAAGAGCCAGGUAUCUUCUGGCAGUUUGACUCUGAUCUUGAAGCAACACCAAACAGGAGGAUGUCUAGUACGGGUGGAGGCGGAUACUUUUUUGAUGAUCCGUUUGAGCACCAUCAUUCAGGGCAUGACAACGGUGAUUUGAACGGUGCUGUACUCCAUAAUCAUAAUGGAUUUCUGGACAGCGGGGAGUUCCCAACAUCUUUCCACACCAACGGAACAUCUAGUUUAGCAUCUCCACUUUCCUUUGAUGAAGAUAUUGAUGAAAACCACUUCACGUUAUCUGAUCCUGACACACCUCAGAGUGGGGCUUCAUCAGGGAAAUCAAGUCCCCUCCAUGAUGGGGAAUCCCCUAGGAGGGCGGGACCUAAGACUAACUACAACCUACCCCGUCCUGCUGGACUUCAGUUAGCUUCAGUUGGUAAUCCAGGAGCAUUACCAGUUGGUAAAAUCACUGGAGCACCCACUAUAGGUCCUUUCAUGGUUACCAUCUUUGCCAAGUUGGAUUCUAUGAUGGAGAACUCACUGUAUGUCAAUCUGCUCCUAACUGGUAUUAUAUCCCGGUUAGCCUGUUACCCCCAGCCACUCCUUCGCUCCUUCCUACUUAAUACCAACAUGGUGUUUCAGCCUAGUGUGCGUUCUCUUACUCAGGUCCUGACAUCAGUGAGGAGCAGACUAGAUGCCUACGCUGCAAAGGUGGAUAAGUGGGACACCAACCUACAUAAAGCCAAGCAGUACCUGAUGACGAGGGAAUCCCCUGAAGAAGAGGGACUAAACAAAGAUAGGUCCUGGUCUAUGGUUGAGGAGAGGGAUAGGGUCACCCUUAAACCAAGGAGUGGUACUCUCACCACUAUCAAACAAGUUACUCGUCGAGGAUCUCUUUCUGACAUGUUCCUGAAGCGCCGCAACCGCUCCAUCAAGAGCUCAGAAAAACAGAAACUCUCUGCCAUUCGUGAAUCAGGGAUUUUGAGUGGGGAGAGUGGAGCAAUGUCGCCGGAAACAGCAGCCCAGUAUGAGUCGUUGAAGUCACGCAAUGCUGUCUAUAGUGCUGUGGUGUUAGAUGAGUUUGUGAAGGAACUUGCCGCAUUAGCUCAGGAACAUGCUGUGUUAUCUGUUGAAGAACUGUAAAGAUAUUCAGGGGUGGGGGGGGGGGGCGGGGCUGUGAAUCAGCCUUGUCAGUUUCAUUUCUUAUUUUGUGGCCAGUUAGAUUUUAGAGAUUACAAGUAUAUUUUUAACAAAUUCAAAAUCCCUAUGCCAGACAUGCAUGCCUGCACUUUUUCCUUGGCAUGCUGUUUCAUAAAUGUUUGCGAUAAUUGACAUAAGCUGUGCACUGGCGUAGAAUCUUUUACUUAAUAGGUGCUUUUUAUAAUGCUUAUUUAUAAAUAAAAAAAACAUUGUCCUCCAUUUAUAGAUGACGCAUAUUGAUUUGCCAAAUUGUUAUUUUAUUAUGCAUCACCUCCCAUUAUGUUCAUGGUUUCUUUCCUUAUUUUUCUACCCCUUCACCUUUUCCCCUCUAUCAUUUCUUCUGCUGUGCAUGUAUCACCUGACCCUUGGUCUUUUGAUGUGCUACCCUUCCCCAAUUCCAUUCCCCUUCCUUCCUAUGCUGUCUCCGUCUCGUUGCAUACCUACAUGUAUAGCAUUUGUAGUUGUACAGUGUAUGCUUAUUGCUCUUGGCUUUCAUAUAAAAUGUAAAAUAUAAAGGGAUUUGAUAUAGACCUUUUACAUUUUAAACAAAGAAAAGGAUUUCUUUUUUUUCUGCUAGAAACAGUUAGUGUUGAUAAAAUGUUCAAUUCUCAGGAAUAGUGAUAAUGGGAAGAUGUAUAUUUGUACGAAGACGGAAAAAAUUAUAAAUUAUGGUAGAAAAUAAACAUGAGUAUGAAGAGAUCUAUCUUUCUGUUUCAAUGGACACAUUGCAUGAAUUUUAUCGAUUUUAGUGGUUAUGUGUAAGGCUUGAUCUGUGCUGGGCCAUCAAAACCAUGCUAUUCCUUGUAGUCAUUAUCUUAGCAGAAUUACAUUUAACAAGUUUGCAUUUUUCACAUCAAAACCAUUGAACAAAGAUUAGGAUUAUAGAUCUGUCCAACUGUGUGCAGCUAGUGAAGACAUCAAGUUGUUAGGGGAAGUAAAUAGUUCUGAGGUUUUUAAUUAGUUGGAGUUAGGUAUAUUUUUAUUAGAUUGGGUCUAAAUGGGGAAAAUUCACAAUGCACUCAAUAUCAUUACUAAUAAAUGUUAAUAAUAUCCUUGGUCACAAUUUUUUAAUAUAUUGCUCUUGUACUUAACAACCGCAUGUGCCCUUUCUGAUGUUAAUCAUAGAUUGAAUGUAAUGUAAUUUUUCUUUGUAUGAUAUGUAAUCCAUACCCUUCAAACAUGCCUGAUAAUUUGACUUAAACUGAUGCUGCAAAAAACUGUGUUUUGUAAAAUAUAAACGUUAUGCUAUGAACACUCUUGAGCACACCAUUUAAUGGGUUUCAUCAUGUAAUUAAUCAAUGAAUUUUAUGGAUAUUUACUGAUAUUACUGAAAUACAAAAUUUGUAAUGAGAACCUCCGUGAACAAUGUUAAACAAUAUACCCUUAAAGAAUUUAUCAUGCACUUUUGACUUUUGAAAAUUACACUUAUUUUGAACAGUGAUAGCUUAUUAUACAACUAUCAAAGGGGAAGUUCACCCUGAAAAAAGGUGCAUUGUAAAAAUAGUAGAAAAAAUAAUUAUAUAUAAGACAGCUGUUAGUUUAUAAUGUCACAAAUCCAAUAUUUAAAAUUCUAAUAAUCUUAAACUUUGAUGGAUUUUUCUCAAACCUUUACCAAUAUUUUUUUAUCAUUUUUUUUCUGCUAUUCUGUAACAAACUUUUCUUCAAAGUGAACUUCCCCUUUAAUAAUGUUCUUAUGGAAGACCAGAAUUCAAUAGUUUUAGACUACUUCAUUGAUAAAAGGGAUGUGGGAAUAUUGUACAUUUAAAUCGAAUAAUUUGCUGAUAUCAAUCAAUGUGAUAUUGAACUUAUCGAUGACUUACACACUUUAGUGUCACAUUGAUAGAUGUAAGGGGAAACAAACCAUAUAAAUGAGAUUAAAUAGAGCAUUUACAUUUUGAGAUAAACAUUGAUAAAUAGGUUUUAUGACCAAGAAUGGAUUUUUAUGAUUUUAUGAACCGUACUGAAAUACAUAAUUUUGUUGAAGCUUUUUUAUGAGAAAUAGACUUAUGUGUUAUUUAUCAUUGAAUAUUGAGCAAUGUAAAAAAAGACAGCACUGUGGUUGAUUUGCACUUAUAGAUGGCUUAUUAUGCUGAUUUUUUAAGCAGUUCAUAUUUUAAAAGAAUGAUGAUUUAAUUACACAUCAGAUAUACAGUCAAUAGUAAACCAGGCGGUAAACAAAAUUAUGGAUCUUUUCCAACACCAAUUAGUAUGCAUAAUGCACUAACGAUGUGCAAACAUCUAAUUUCAUCCCAAAGUAAAUUAGCCUUUUGAUGAUAUUUAAGUGUGUAAGCUUUUAUUACAAAAUUCAGUGUCCUUUAUGAAGGUUUAAAAUAUUUAUCUUGCACUCCUAUUUGUAAUGUUUGAUUUUGUUGAACCAUUACUUGACUUUAAAUAUAUAUUUUAUUGAUGAAUUCAAAAAAUCAAAUGAAGAUAUAACAGGGUAAAGAGAAGUGCCAGAAAUGAUUUUCUAAUUUGUGAUAAAAUCGAGGGACAAAGUAUGGUUUGCCUUUUGAAAACCUCUUUUGAAAUAUUUAGUACAGAGGAAAAUGUGUUAUGUAUUCCAUGGUAGACCAUGGUAUACUCAAUACAGUGCAUUCAUCACAGUGUUCCCUUUCAAAGGGAUUAAACAAACCUUAUUUAAAGAAUAAAAGGUUUCCCCUGGUCUCGCUUGUAGGUCUACUGAUUAAUCCUAAUUCUUCCUUGCACUUGUGAUUUAUUGUUUAGUAAAAUAUUUCUUUAAUUUUUCAAUUCUAUAUAGAGGUCCAUGCUAUUGUUUUAGGGGAAAGUUGUUAGUCCACAAGCCUCUCAUGAUGAAAUGCACAAAUUGCUUCAUCACUCAAACUAUUGAAAUGACUUUAAAAUGAGCUACGAGGUGAAUGCUAGACAGUCUCUUCACAUCACAUAAGCAGCAUCCCAAAUAUAAAGUUCCUCAUUAAUUAUGUAAAGUGUGUAAAUACAAUGUCUUAUAAAAAAAGUCAGCAUAGAUGUACCCCUUUUCUGUUGUUUAUAGCAAUAAGUGCCUUAAAUCAAAAUUGAAAAUUUGAUCAUAGAAGUGUCUUCUCCUUCCAUCUUGUUCUAAUCUUUUCUACAAGCUUCAGUCGCCAAAAACCCCUUCAAAGUCUCAGGUUAAAUGAAGAGUGUGAUAUAACUAUUAGAUUCACAUUUGGCAGUACAUGUUUCUUUGCACUACAAAUGUACAUACCCUUGGCUUUCUAGAGAGUGUGUUCUUCAUCACAGAAUUGAGUCAUUUUGCUUCGUAGCUGUGGUCCAUAUAAGGGAUGAAUGGGGAGGGGGGGGGGGGGUCACAGUGAUUGGAAAAUAUAGGCUAAUCUUGUUCACUUUUUGGAUUUAAACAGUUUCCUAAAGAUCAAAUGUUUCAGCAGUAUUUGUAAGAAAGAACUCAAAAACAAAAAUACAUGAAUUCAUAUAGUGGCUUUUUAAUCAAUCUAAUUAAUUUUUGAAACCUCCUUUAUCUUUUUGUAUUAGAAGGAUGAAAGAUAGAGAGAGGAGUAUUCAUUGCAGCUUAUAUUUAGAAAAAAAAUCUUGCCAUAAUUGGAUGAGAAUUAAAGAUUUUUAUUU